CUAGGGCGCCGGCCGCCCCCGCCGCGCCCCCGCCCGGCCCGCUCCCAACGGAAAGUUGCGGUGCGGCGGGCGGCGGUUUGGAAACAGCGAACCGGCAUGAGAGAGGGUCGGCGGGGCGUCUAGGACACCGGGUGGUGGGGCCGCACGGGGGCAACUUCUCCCCGGAGCCCACGCCGCCGGCCCCGCGCCCGCAGCCCCCGGGCGGGCUCGCGGUGGUUCCUCCCGUUCCUCGGCCUCCCCCCCGCCGAUUCGAGACGCGGACCUUGGUCCCGGCGGCUCCGUGGCGGUGACACGAGCCCGCGCGACCGCCGCCGCCGCCUUCUCCUCAGCCUCUGCCGGCCGCAGUCGCCACUGCCCCUGCCGCCGCCGCCGCCGCCGCCUUCCCCGCACCAUGGAGUUCUCUGAGAGGAAAAGAAGCAGGAAAUCUCAGAGCUUCAAACUGGUGAGCCGAGAUUAUCACCAUGAGGUCUAUAAGAUCUCAGAAUUCAGCAGCGAUGUUAACGGGGAGACCAAAGAGACACAACCCAUUUUUUUAGGAGAUGAAAGCAUGGAAAUUAAAAAACAAAUUACAGGAAUGAGAAGGUUACUGAAUGACAGCACUGGGAGGAUAUAUCAGCGUGUUGGCAAAGAAGGAGAAAAAUUAAAGGAAGAACCUCAGGAUUUGGACUUAGUCUGGCCUCAGCAUUUGAACUCCUCUAUGGAGGUCCCACAGAGCCUCCACCACUCUUCACGUGGUGCUUGGAAUGAGCUGCCGCCACAAAGCGGGCAGUUCUCAGGGCAGUGUGGCACCCGUUCUCGAACCUUCCAGAGCCAGUCCCACACUGCUGUGAGCUCCAAUGGAGAACUUCCAGUGGUGAACUCAUCCGUUGGAACAAACUGCUGUACUUGUAACUGCCAGUCAACAUUACAGGCCAUUCUCCAGGAACUCAGGACCAUGAGGAAACUAAUGCAGCUCCAAGCAGUUGGAACUCAAAACAGACAACAACCCCCAAUUUCCCUUAUGUGCUCCCAGCGAACCGGUGUCUCACGCAAGAGAACUAAAAAGAAAAAAGUGCCACCCAAGACUGUUGAACCUCUUACUGUGAAACAGAAGCCCAGCAUGUUGGAAAUUGAGAAGUCGAUGACAGCAGUGGCCCCUGAGCAGUCUAGGCCCCAAGCCACUGAGUACACCUCCACCGGGAAGAACCAGGUCGUGGGCUUCGGCAUUGUUCUUGAAUCACCUGCCUCAGAUCCAGAAGUGCAACUUGCUGAAGGCUUUGAUGUGUUUAUGCCUAAAUCUCAGCUGGACUCUAUAUUGUCAAACUACACUCGCUCAGGAAGCCUUCUGUUUAGAAAACUGGUGUGUGCAUUUUUUGAUGACAAGACUUUGGCUAACUCCUUACCCAAUGGGAAGAGGAAAAGAGGACUCAAUGACAACCGGAAAGGACUAGACCAAAAUAUUGUGGGUGCAAUAAAAGUUAAAGUGACUGUCGAGUUGUAUUAAAUGUAAAAAGCUGCAGAGAGAUCACAAUCUAAGCCAUUUCUGGAAAGAAUGAUUCAGCCUGCAGUGAUACUACAAACAGUAUUACAGGGGCAGCUGUUUGGGCAGCCAUUAAGUGUUCUCUUGGGAUAUCUGCAUUCCAUAUUGGACUGUCUGGUUUGAGUCCCACCUGCCCUGGGUCCGUUUGGGUUUCCUGCUAAUGCACACCCUGUGGCAGAAGAGAAUGAUUCAGAUACCUGGGCCCUACUACCUAUGUGGGAAAUCUGGUGAGAGUUGAGGCUCCUGACUUCUGCCUGGUGCAGGUUGGCUGCUUGGAGGCAUUGGGAGAGUGAACCAGCAGGAAAUUUCUCUGUCUCUUUAUCUUGCAAAUAAGAUGGAUAUAAAAUAAAAACAAGAUGCAUAUUUUGAAAUAUGGUCAUUGAUAUAACUAGAACCUGUUGAAGUGAAGAAGGGACCUGCUGUGAUUUAGUCUGUCUGGGGGCUUUUUAAAGCAUGAAGAUCAAGACUGCUGGUGUUUUUCUGAAAAAUGGCCAGGAAUUAUUUUUGUUUUUUUCAGGACAGUGUACUAAUAUUAUGAUAGAUGAUUAGGAGUGUUACCCUAAUAAUAGAUGGUAAUGAAAUAGAUUAUUACAAGCAGAUCAAUAAAGAUGUAUUUUACCUUUUCCAAUCUAGACUGGACAUCAUAUAAAAGUUU